AUGAUCUUACCAAGUGAUGGGACUGUGUUACCUGCCAAAAUCCAACCUGCUCAUCUUAGACCAUUGGCAUAUAGGAUCUUGUCCAAAAAGUAUGGUUUAAGUAUUAAAUCAGAUGGGCUGAAUGCAUUAGCCACUAUCAUUGGGUCCAGGUUCGGUAUUAAUUGGAAGAAGAAUCCAGAUACUUUAAGAUUCUUGGAACAAUUUGCACAAGUUUGGAAACAGCAGGAUAGAGGUUUAUUCAUCGACCAGCUUGGCUGUCAAAAUGUUUUAAAUGAAAUUGAACAAAGAAAUUGUUUUGACAAUAGCCGGAAUAAUAGCCAUACACAUAUUCAUAUCCAUGAAUCAAAUUAUUCUGAUCCUCUGAUUAAUGUGGGAUCACAGACAAAAUUGGAUCACGAUAUGAGAAACAGCCUCAUUUGGACAGAUUACUAUAGGAUAAUUAAUGCAUCCGAGCAACAUUAUUUCCCAUAUGAUGGAUUCAAAAAGCAAUAUAUGUCUCCUCAACCGCCAACUUCUUUAAUCACCAAUAUAGAUCGUAAAAUAACUAGUUUCAUGACUCGCUAUUCUAUUAUAAGAGAUAGAACCUUAAGAAAUGAAAAUUUCCAAAAUUCAAACGACAAUUUUAAUCCAUUAUCCUCAAUGGUAGCAUUACAAAAUGACCUAUUACAAAAUAAUUUAGAUACUUCUACACCUUCCACGUAUAUGGCAAUUACCCAGAUUAAAAAUUUACUGGGUAGAGAUGGUCAAAAUUUCCUAAUUUUGGGUCUUUUAACCUACAAUGCUAAGGGAAACUUACAAAUGGAGGAUUUAUCUGGUAAGAUCGAAGUAGAUAUCUCCCAGGCAAACCCCACAGAGGGAUUAUAUUAUUAUCCAGGGUGUAUCGUUCUUGCUGAAGGUAUAUAUUUCACUGUAGGUCAUAAAUUUCAUAUAACAUCUGUGACACAUCCACCUGCAGAAAGAAGAGAAGAGACACAAGAUGCCAUUGGAAACAUAGAUUUUUUAAAUAUAUGUAACAAUAACGAUAAUUUAGACUCCCCCAUCACAAGGAUAAGUAAUGAUUUGAAAAUCAGAUUGUUGUCAUUAGAACAAGAAUUGAAUGCUCAAAAUUUGAGUAAAUUUAUUAUAUUAGGUGGAGAUAUUUUUUUAGGUCAAGAAAUUACAUUUAAUGCAUUGCAGAAAGUUUUUCAAAGGAUUGAAAAUAACAUUAUAGAGAAUGGCGUGGCUCCAAUAGGUAUUAUUUUCUUUGGGUCCUUCUCAUCAGCCCCAGUUUUUCCAUCAUAUUCUGAAACUCAGGUAACUACAGGUAAAUCUUAUGAAAUGAGUUUUGAGAGAUUGUAUCAGUUACUUAAUCAAUAUGAAAAUAUCAUAGAAUAUUGUCAAUUAAUCUUUGUACCAGGCCCUAAUGAUCCAUGGGGUGGAUCUCUUCUUCUUGGAGAUGGCCCUGCUUCGCCUCAAGAACCGAUUCCUUCUGAAUUCGUUAAAAAACUGAAAAGAUUAGGAACUAAAGUCAAAUGGGUCUCAAAUCCAAGUAGAAUAGCAUUUUUAUCACAAGAAAUAAUUUUGAUGAGAGACGACAUAAAUAGAAAAUUCAAAAAAUAUUCUAUCGAAUUCCCAUUAAUUGAGGAAGCUAAAAUUGAUACUGAUUUAAAUCAGGAUGUGGAAAUUUCAGAUAACGAAUAUAUUGAAGACCCAAGUGAUAAUGAAGAUGGGCCCAUGGCAAGACAUGAAACCUUACCCGAAAUUCCAGAAGUGCAAUUCAAUAUUAUAGAAACCAGGAAGUAUGUUAAGACGUUAUUAGAUCAAGGACAUUUGAAACCGUUUGCCUCAUCAUCUAUCAAUUAUAACCGUGACCACACAUUAAUACUGUCUCCAUUACCAUCAGUGCUUAUUGUGUGUGAUCCAACGGUACCACGGUUUGAUUUGACAUAUAAUGGUUGUAAGACGAUUAAUCCAGGUAAAUUCAUUCUUAAUAAAACUGCAAGAUAUUUAGUCUUUAAUGCGACCACAAGAACUGUUCAUGAAGAAGCAAUUUCAUUUUGA